AUGGCCCCGGGCCAGAAGCUCUACCCUCGCGCGACGGUGAAGAAGAUUGUUAAGGCGCAUUCGAAACGUAAUGUCAGCAAGAAUGUUGACGUGAUGAUCUUUCUCGAUUAUGUGCUCUUCAUGCAAACACUCGUAAAAGAGGCGGCAAUCGAUUCGAAGCAGGCGGGCGAAAGAGGGAUCAGCGCAAAGAGCGUUACGAAGGUGACGGCUGACACUCUUGCGAAGUUCAAGGGGUAA